AUGGAUUUUGCGACCAUGGACCAGCGGGUCGAUGGAGUAUAUAUUGUGCAGUACAGGGGCAGCGAAUCUCAUGGCGAGCGUGUAGAGAUGAGACUGAGUGCGCCAGAGGGCUUCCGCGGUCCGAGAUCUGACGGAAUCAUCGUGGCAGCGAUCGAGCCUGUUGGAGCGGAUGCUUCCGACGACGUCGUCUUCGUCAACGAAACAUGGUUGUGGCGCUACCAGAACGAGAAGCCGACGUUAUUGGAGGGCUCGAUCAGUCGCUGGUUUCACUCGCUACUUGCGGCUUGGCUUAUUGGCAAAGGUAUCGAGUCUGUCCGAAUGCAAGAGUCAUUGGCAAGGAACUGA